AUGAGCCGUGCAACGAGCUCUCUAGCAGGCAAAGGCGGCGGCACAGAACAGGGCCCAGAUGAAAGCCUCGCAGUCCCUGAGCAGCUUGCAGCCGCUGCUGUUGCAGCGGUUGAUGCGGCUGUUGCCGCUCCGCUGUCACCUCCGGCUGCAAUCGAGGUCUCGGAGGACGACGCCUCCGCACUCCCGUCGCUGGUUGUCAGUUUCGCAGAGAUGGGAGCGACGACAACAGUGGCCAGCGAUGCGCCCGAGGAGGUCUCAGGUGACAUUGCUUCGUCAUCGUCCGACGACGAGGCUUUGGAGCGUGUCAUCGCGGCAGCUGAAAGGCUGCGAAUUCGAGGAUUGCUGUAG